CCGGUGUUGGUUGUGUGUAACUCUCGGCUCGAGUUCACGUAGUUUGUUAAUUUUAAUUAUUGUAUUUAUUAAUUAAAAAGUGUAGUUGUAUUCUUAAAUUGUUUUCGAAGCAAGUGUAAGCUUAUUUUAGUGUAUCGUUUAAUUUUGUUUUGUGUGUUUUAAAAGUUAUUUAGGUGUUUUUAAAUAAUUUGACGAUCGAGUCAUUCCAAAUAUGGCUAAGACAGAGAAGUCCUUUCCGAGAAACUUUACAGGUUGUCUAACAUGCGUGCAAGUGCUGAACAUCAUGGUGCUUCUGGGCUUCAUGCUCAACUACGCGCUGCGAGUCAACCUCACAAUUGCCAUCGUCGAGAUGAUAUACGACACAAAGAAUCACACAGUUGCCAACUUCACAGAGCACAUCAAUGGCACAGUGGAGCACCCAGGUCACAUAGAACAAACCAGAUAUCACUGGGACACAAAACAGAAGAACCUCCUGCUGGGCUGCUUCUUCUGGGGAUACGUGCUCACAGAAUUGCCGGGUGGUCGGCUAGCAGAGAUAAUAGGAGCUAGACGGGUGUUCGGCUACAGCACUCUCCUGGCCAGUAUCCUCACUCUCCUGUCUCCCUGGGCCGCUGCAGCUGGCUUCGGCUGGAUAGUGGCACUCAGAGUGGUUCUGGGCUUCCUGCUCGGGGCUACAUGGCCCGCCAUCCUCCCCAUGGCGUCGAAAUGGAUCCCGCCGAUGGACAGAUCCAAGUUCAUGUCAAAUAUGAUGGCGUCAUCUCUCGGUGCUGCCAUGACGAUGCCGAUUUGCGGUUUCCUCAUAGCGCACUUCGGAUGGGAGUCGGCCUUCUAUUUCACUGGUAUAAUCGGCGUGAUGUGGUCGGUUUCCUGGUUCGCGGUGGUGUACGACACGCCCGCACAGCAUCCCCGCAUCUCGGAGACUGAGCGGAACCAUCUGAUGAAAGCGCUGCCCCAAGACACAAACAAUGGACAUAUGCCCGUACCAUGGCGGAGUCUGCUGACGUCGCCGCCGGUAUGGGCCAUCGUGGUUACGCACGGUGCGUCUGUAUUCGGUUACUUCACAGUGGUCAACCAGCUACCCACGUACAUCGAGAGCAUCCUGCAUUACGACAUUAAGCACAACGGUCUGCUAUCCUCGCUGCCGUACUUGGGCAAGUAUUUGUGCGCGCUUGCGUCGUCUGUGCUGGCAGACUCCCUGAGACGUAGCGGCCGCCUCUCCACGACCGCUGCGAGGAAACUCUUCACCGGCUUCGCUGUUGGACUACCCGGUAUCAUGAUGCUGGUGCAGGCGUUCUACGGCCACGACAGGAUAUGGUCCAUCGCAAUCUUCACUCUGGCCCUCACCAUUAACGGAGCAGUCACUGCCGGCUACCUCGGCAACGGUUUAGACAUCGCGCCCAAGUUCAGCGGAACUAUCUUCGGUAUCGCAAACACACUGUCUUCCUUCGGCGGCUGGCUCUCCACUUUCAUGGUUGGGGAACUUACCAAGCAUGACAAAACCUAUUACCAAUGGCAGAAGGUGUUCUUCAUAUUGGCGGGAACAUAUGCCUUCGGGGCGCUAGUGUUCGUGAUCUUCGGCUCCGGAGAACUGCAGCCGUGGAGCUCGCCCCGCCCCGAACCUGAGGAGAAGAACGAGGAAGAACCGCUCAAUGAACAGAAAGUGUGAGGAAUGUGUGUGAAGGUGUGAUAGGCCAACCAAUUGGUAACAAUAGUCUAAAAGCUUCAUAAAUGGUCUAUAACAGUCUAUGCUAGACUAAAGGCCUCUCCCAACGGGAGGGUUAAUUAAUCACCUCGUAUGACAUUAAGCUCGGUGUUACUUUAUUGGUUUUGUGGUUAGCACGCUCGAGAUCAGUUCACGGGGUCCUGGGAUCGGUUCUUGGUUCAAGCCAAAAAUUGUAUUUCUUUUGUGUCAAGAAUAUAUAGGUAGAAAAUAAGGAUGGUCAUUGAUGUCCGAAGCUUCUCGGACUUAGGACUAAUCUAGGGUUUUCGGAGUAAACCCUAGAUUAGUCCUAAGUCCGAAAAGUCGACCCAAGUCGAGGUCCGAGUCCACGCAGGACACACCCUGAGUCGACGUCCCUCCUUCCCCCCGAUUUCGUGCGCUCGCCCCAAGGCCCCGGUGACGCCGUUGGAACCCUUCAAAUGCUCAUCAGCUACUGUCCUUCCGCGAGGAAAGGCCCUUACUGGUAUCAAUAGUAAGGGACCU